AUUUUUCACGAGGUUGAUAAGCUAGUUAGAUUAAUAAAUCCCUGUGAAUUCCAUCACUAUGCAAUCUUGUCUGACAUGGACUUCCUCAUCUCCAAUGGCUCUAAGCAUAUGGAUUACAUUUCCUGAAUGAUGACUUGACCCUCUGCCACCUGCCUUAAGGCUCUCAUUUUCCCCAACCCAGGGAGGGAGUAUUAGAUAAGCUAGCUAUCACCCAUUUAUUAUAAAUAGAAAUAUUUGUAAACAGUCUGUAGAAGACUUUGUUUUGCUUGGGUGAUUAUGAAAUUUUUUGCUUCCUAGUGAAGUUUGCAGAAGAAUAAUUUUUAUAUUGUAUCUGUGCCAGCCAUUAUUUGGACUGGUGAUUGUGGCUCUUUGUGUUGGGAGUGCCGAGUUUGUGAAAACUAGAUUUAAAUUGAUUUACACCCCUGAGGAGAAUUUUUUGGAUGGAAAUUUGAUGUGGUGAUAUUAACGGAGGUUUUACAUGCUGGAAUGUGAGAGCUUAUUUUACAGAGAUCGAGUAAAGAGAAACAAUGCUGACUGAAUGAUAAGCAGGAGAGUGAAUGAUGUGAACUACAGCAGCAUGGCUUGAUCAGAAGGCUAACAUAAGAUGUGGUGCAUCAAUUUAUGGGGAGCAUAUACUAUUUGUUAAUUCUGACAGUGUUAAAGAGGAUGAAAACCACAGAGACCUUGGCAGAAAGUGUAAAGUGCUAGCUACCAUAGCAUGCCUCACUAGAAAAAUAUAGCUAUUAUAACAGAAGAAGAGAGACAUCUUAUGUGAACAAUGAGCAGUAUUGUCUGGCUGGAUUCUAAAAUGUAAUUCACGUGAAUCCGAAGAUGAACCGGUUACAGAUCAGGGUGUCUCUUUUAGGAGCAGUGUUCCUGCUAUUGUUUUGGUGUGAUGGUUGUGAUUCUGUCAGAAUUUCUACUGGGGGCACCUUGCAUGGUGUGGUCAGCCAAAGUAGUGUGCAGUCGUCACUAAAAUAUAAACGAUAUGCAAGAGAUACACAUGAUCCAGAACUCAGUGUGAAUGAAAGUUACCAAAAUGGAACAGAAUUACAAGUUAACUCUAUUAAUGGAACAGCCGAUUCAAAUGGGACAGAAAUUUUCUUGAAUGUGACAGGCUCAGAAAGCAUCAAUAAAACAUUGCCAACACACUCGGAUCUGAUAGCUAGACAAGAAAUAAAUUCAUCAGUUCAACUUGAGCUUGAGACAAAUUCUACAACUCCAGAACUGGAAUCUACACCAGAACCAACAACCAUUGAACCAUAUACUGCAUCUGAAUCACUGACAACAUAUGAACCUAUCAAUGAACCAGAGACUACAAGUGAGCCACAAUUCACAUCAGAACCUGAACCAGAAACAACAUCUGAACCAACUCCUGAACCAGAGUCCACCAUGACAACUAGUGAACCUGAACCUACAAGUAAUAUAAACUCUACAGAAGAGCCUAUUUCUGAAACAACAUCUGAACCAAAACCAGAGACAACCAGUGUUUCUGAACCUAUAUCUGAGCCAAAAUCCUCAGCAGAGCCUUCUACAGAACCAUCCACAACUGAGCCAAUAUAUGAACCCAAAUCUGAGCCAACAAGUGAACCUGUCUCCACAUUUGAACCAAUUCCUGAAGUAACGUCUUCUGAACCAAUAUUUGAACCAAAUUCAACAACAGUCUCCAUUUCUGAACCAACACUGUCAACAGAGCCUUUUCCUGAGCCAAAAACAGCAGCAGAACCCACAUCAGAACCCAGGUCUUCAGCAGAACCAGAGUCAACACCAGAACCCAACCCUACAAGUGAACCAGAGUCAACACCAGAACCCAACCCUACAAGUGAACCAGAGACAACACCAGAACCAGAGGUUACUUCUGAGCCACAUCCGGAGUCAACAGCAGAACCGACAGGUGAACCUAUAUCAGAGCCGACCAGUGAACCAAAAGUGGUAUCAGAACCAUCACCAGAACCUGAAUCAACUUCCCCUGAACCAGAAGUGGAACCAACAUCAGAACCAGGAAGUGAACCAGAACCUGAAGGAGAGGCUUUUGCUGAACCUCAUCCAGAUUGGAAUAUUGCUUUGAAAGAAUGGCAGUGGGGAUGGGAAGUUCUGGUGUAUUUUUUUGCAGGUUUGUUUCUCGUCCUUGCUGGAUUAAGUCUGCUUAGUGUGAUAAGAUUAUGGAAAAUCAAACAUUUACUGAGCAAAAACUACUUCAUGGUGCUAAAUAUUUUAAUUAUCUGUAAAUGUGUUCUACGAGCAGUAUACUUACUGAUAGAUCCGUACAAUAUGCAUGGCACCUACCAUGCAGUAUUAUCGUAUUUUCUUUACAGUACUGCUUUUCCGUGUCUGACGUCAGCGUUCAGUAUUCUGUUUUAUGCCCUACUACUGGCAACCAAAAUGAAAGUAUUGUCUUCUAAAAUACAGAAGUCCUCAGUGUUGAUCAGUAUUAUUGCAUUCCAUUUUGUGCUUUCCAUUGCGACGGAUUUCGUUGUGGGAUUUUUCACAAAUGCAAAAAUAAUGCUUUUAAUUUGUCAGUCCUUUUACAUUUUAUGGGGAAUUAUUUUAUUUGUUGGAUACAUUUUCAUCUUUCGACGAUUACGCGAAUCAGCAAUAAACAGAAGAAAAACGUUGAAAAAGCAUUCAGUGUCGUAUCCUUCAGAUGUUUCCAGGAAGUCCGUAAUUAGUUCGAUGGGAAGUCUUCCACGACCAAAGAAAUCCAAAAAUAAGUCUACGCUAAAUUCUGCAAUCACUGUAACGCUGAUUGCAGCUACUUGUGGAAUAUUCUGUAUUUUUCUAGAACUUUUUGGGAUGUUUUAUGUCUUCCGGGUGUUCACCGAUGGUCACAUCCCAGAGCCUUGGGCGUGGUAUGUGCACCAGUUCUUGUUGCGAGUUUUCGAAGUUCUAAUGUGUGCAAUAAUGAUAUAUGUUGGGUCGCAACCAAUGAAAUACAAUAGGAGGAACGGUUCCCAGCUAUGUUAUGUGUUCUGUUUCGUUUUAAAAAAGUGCUGCUGUUCUAGUCAGGAAAACGAUGCUAUGGAAAUGGACCAAACUGCAUCAUUUGGCAGCUCUCGUAUCAAAAGUUAUUCAGAUAGCGAAUGCGAUUCAAGUGAUGCAAAAUUUCCAAGAAAAAAGAGUAAAACUGUGAUAGUUGAACAAAACGGGAAUGGUCCACAACCAUGUAAACAUACACACAUUGUAAUUGAGGAAGGACUCGUAAGAUUUCGUAGUGAGGACGAACUAACGGACGGCUUCUCGGACCGAGCGGCGAGUCUACCCGACCUCCUCCACGGUAAUGUGAGUUGUAGUCCGGGAGAGAACACUGGUAUGUGCAACAUGGCAUUCACUUCCAAUGGCAAUGUGAUGGGUGUAGCUCCAGCAUUGCAUAGGACUAGUACAGAACCCACGGAGAUUAUGGAGAAGAACUUGGGUAGUGUGGGGACCAUUGGGACUAUAGGGACCAAUAUUCCGUCAAUUAAUCUAGCCCACAGUCUCCAGUGGGAAUUCGACAAAGCGUACGAUCGCAGCUUUCAGUUAGCAGACGAUACGCCACCUACAUACAGCGAGGUGGAUACACAGGAACAACGAACGGAUUCAGUCGACAGUAAAGCGGACUCAUCCGACGGAACAGAUGAUUCUAGUGGACCCGUGUCUCCGACCAGACUUCCACUAAUUAAGGACAAAGAAUCAUCAGCUGAUGUCAGCCUCUGAAUAUAUAAUCAAAUUUUGACAUAUUUUGUUUACAUUUAUAUGAUUAUCUUAUGUACAAUCGCAUGAAUAUUCGCCGUUCCAUUUCUUAGUUGUACAUGCAUAUUAUGAAGUAUAUACAAGCACUUAUCUUACAUGCAUUUAAAUAGGAGAAAGUCAUCACCUGAGUACAUGUAAUUUAUUUUGUAUUCUUUUUUUAUUAUUGUAUUGUUGGCCAAAAUAAAUUUUGUGUUUUAUUCCAAAUAGGAAAUUUUGAAGGCAAAAUGUUAUACUCUUCAGUUUUUUUUUUUGGGGGGGGGGGGGGGGGUGUAACGUUUUGGAAGUGUUACAAAUGUUAUUGUUUAAAUCUUUAAUCAAUCUUUUGUUUAGCAUCAACAGAUCUAAUUUACAUCCUUCGUUUAUCUAGUAAUUGAGUACAGGUUAUUUUAUUCAAGUGUUUAAAUUUUUUCACGCUCUCUCGCGUAGCUGUAGAAAUUUCCCCUUAAAUGUUUGAUAUAUUUCCGUUCAUUUAAUCAAUUAUUUAUAAUGUGUGCAUGCUGAUUCCACGAUUUUAGAUCAUAUUAAUGUAAUUCGAGUGAUUAUUUGUUGAACACUUUUGAAUAUGAGAUGAAUGUAAAUGUGACUGAACUGUAUUUUUUUUAAAAAAAAUUACCUUGUGUAAAAUCAUGACAAAUCAUACACUGAUAGACCUAUGUUGUGUUUGUUCAUACACACACACGCACGCACACACGCAUUCUAACACCGUGGAGUUAUCAAUUAUAUGUGACGAGACUAUAUACAUUUUUAGUCAUGUGCGCAUUGUUAGUUGAUGUGUGUAUGAGUGUGUAGCAUUGUUUGUCAUUAGAAGAAGGAUAUAUCAAUAAUCCGUUACAUAAACAGUAUAUAUAUUACAUUGAAAUAUUUAAGGUUUCUGGUUGACUUUUUAAAAUUAUUAUUUAUAAAAGCAUUUCUUUAAAAUAAAUUGAAUGAUGAAUU